GCUCGAGCCGCCUCUCCCGGGGACCGGCGCGGCCGCCGUGGGGGCCGCGCACGGCCGAGAGCUCGCAGGCCUCCGCCCUGGGGCUCGGGGCUGCGCAGGAGAGAAGCCUCCUCCUCCUCCUCCUCCUCCUCCUCCUGCUUGUCCACCGCCGAGUGACGCUCCCGAGCAGCUCCGUUUCUUGCUGCCGCCGCCAUGUUCAUCGAGGAGCUGAUCCUUGACGGCUUCAAGUCGUACUCCACGCGAACGAGCGUGGGUCCCUUCGACAAGCAGUUCAACGCGAUCACGGGCCUGAACGGGAGCGGCAAGUCGAACAUCCUCGACUCCAUCUGUUUUGUUCUUGGCAUCUCGAAUUUACAGCAGGUUCGGGUGGGUAAUCUAUCGGAGCUGGUGUAUAAGCAGGGCCAGGCAGGAGUCACGAAGGCUAGCGUCACGGUGGUAUUCAACAACGAGGACAAGUCCUGCGGCCCAGUCGGCUACGAGAUGCACGAUCGUAUCACGAUCACCAGGCAGAUCGUCAUUGGUGGCCGCAACCGGUAUCUAUUGAACUCCCAUAACGUGCAGCAGAAUCAGAUCCAGAACUUGUUCCAUUCGGUCUCCCUCAACGUGAACAACCCGCACUUCCUGAUCAUGCAAGGGCGCAUCACAAAGGUGAUCAACAUGAAGCCGCAAGAGACCCUCUCCAUGAUAGAGGAAGCGGCGGGCACCCGCAUGUACGAAAACAAAAAGGCUGGCGCGCUCAAGACCCUCGAGAAGAAGCAGGCCAAGGUCGACGAGAUCAACAAGCUGCUCUCCGAGGAGAUCACGCCCACUCUGGAGAAGCUCCAAAAGGAGCGUCAGAACUACAUGCUGUGGGUGUCCAACAACAACGAGAUGGAGCGCCUCCAGAGGUUUUGCAUCGCCUACGAGUUCCUUCAGGUCCAGGACCGCCUCCAGAACCGUAACAAGCACCUUGAGCAGAUGGAGGAGGCGCUGCAGGCACUCGUGAGCAGCGUGAAGCAGCUGGACGACCGCGACGUCGAAAUCCAGAGCCUGAUCAAGCAGCAGACGGCCCAGCGCGACAAUGAGCACUCCAAGGAGUUGAAGAAGCUCGAGGAGGAACAUUCGAAGCUGUCGAAGGACGUGGUGUCGAGCGAGUCGAAGCUGAAGAAUCGCGAGUCCGACCUGCAGACGCAGCAGGAGGCGCGCAAGCAGGCGCAGGGGGCCCUCGGCGAGCUGCGCAGGCAGAUGGAGUCGAAGGAGAAGGUGUACCAGAAGGAGAAGGAGAAGUGGGACGCCCUCAUCGACCAGCAGAACAGCUUCAAGAAGGACAUCGAGAAGGCCCAGUGGCAGAUGUCCGCGCUCACCGCCGGCAUGGCGGCGCAGCCGGUGCCGGACGGCGAGGGGGAGGACAAGUCGCUCCGAGAGCAGCUCCUCGAGACGCAGACGAGGCUGCAAACCCUGGACUCCGAGCAGAAAAAGCGGUCCCUAGGCAUCGCGAACCUCAAAGAGCGCAUCGCCUCCAUGGAGCAGAACAUGUCCAAGAGCAAGACUGAGGGGAAGCGGCUGCUGAAGGAGAAGGCGGCCAUCGAGGCCCACAUCACGGAGCGGCGCUCGGAGCUGCAGAAGCUCAGGUUCGACCCCGAGGGCCACGCGAAGCUCGUGGGGGCCGUGCGCGAGGGCGAGGCUGCGCUGCUCUCGCUGCAGCAGAAGUUCAACAGUCUGCGAGCGUGCGCCGGCCAGGUCGAGUUCAAUUUCGAGGAGUGCAAGCAGAAGACGAAGGCCAUGGGCCGCGACCCGAACAGCGUGAAGGGAGUCGUCGCCAAGCUCUUCCACAUCCAGCCGGACUUUGGGUCAUAUCACCGCGCCCUGGAGGUUGUGGCCGGCGGCAGGCUGUACUUCAUCGUGACGGACACCGACGCCACGGCUAAACCGCUCCUCGAGCCAGGCCAGCUGCGCAACCGCGUCCACAUCAUCCCGCUCAACAAGGUCCAGGACCGGACCAUCCACCCGAACGUCGUGAGGCAGGCGAGGAACGUGAUGCCGCCCGGGGGCGACGUGCAGUGGGCCCUUGAGAUCGUCGGCUUCCAGAAGGACGUCCAGGCCGUGAUGAAGUUCGUUUUCGGAGGCUCGCUGGUCUGCGACACCCCCGAGACCGCCAAGAAGGUGACCUUCCACCCAGACGUCCGCGUGAGGUCGGUCACCAAGCAGGGCGACACCUACGAUCCCCAGGGCACCCUCACCGGGGGCUCCGCGCCCCGGGGUGGCGGCGUCCUCCAGCAGCUGCAGGCGCUGCAGGAGGUGGAGAGGCAGGUCCACGCCCAGCAGUCCGAGUACCAGAAGCUGCGCGCCGAGCUCGAGAAGAACAAGGCCGCGGCGACCCAGUACGCGGCGCUGGAGCAGGAGCUCAAGGUGAGGGAGCACGAGUUCACCCUGAUGCAGGAUACCAUCAGCCGCAGCGCGCACCACGCCUCCGAGACUGCGGUGCAGGAGGCCCGGGAGCAGCUUUCCUCGCUGGAGGAGGCGCUGAAGAACAUGCCAGAUGAGAAGAGGCAGCUCGAGAAGCAGGUCAAGUUGUUGGAGAAAGACAUCAAGAACCUCGAUUCCAGCCGCGAGGGCCGGAUCAAGCACCUUGAGGAGCAGGUCGAGCGACUGAAGGGCGAGGCGACGAAGCACGCCGAGAAGAUCGAGAAACAGCGCGAGAAGUUCGAGUCUCUCCACGUGGAGUACGAGGUUGCCAAGGGCGAGCUCGGGGCGCAUGAGGGGAAGGACCAGGCGACGGUGCAGAGCCACGGCGACUUCGAGGCCGAGACGCUGGCCCUAAAGGACAGCCUGCAGAGGCAGAGGGAGGCACACCAGAGGCUGGGCGAGAAGCUGGAGGGCAUGCGUGACCACCUCAAGAAGCUGGACGAGAGCCUCGCCGGGCUCGCCGCGGAGUCCUCCGCGAACCGCCAACAGCGGGAGGAGCAGGAGCUCGAGCAGAAGAAGAGGCGGCACAAGAUCGAGGAGCUCCAGAAGGACGACAAGCAGGCCAGCAGCGUGGUGCUCAGGAUGGAGAAGGAGCACCCUUGGAUCGAGAAGGACAAGAACAUAUUUGGCAAGAAGGGCACCGACUUCGACUUCGAGGCCAACGAUUACGGCGAGAAUAAGAAGAGGUGCGACGAGCUGGAGAAGCAGCAGAACAGGUUGUCGAAAAACAUCAACAAGAAGGCGAUGGUGAUGUUCGAGAAGGCCGAGCAGGAAUACAAGGACCUCCUCCAGAAGAGGGACAUAAUAUUGAACGACAAGUGCAAGAUCGAGCAGGUCAUUCACGACCUGGACGACAAGAAGGCUGAGACGCUCCGCCGUACAUGGGUCAAGGUGAACAAGGACUUCGACUCCAUCUUCGCGACGCUUCUGCCGCAUGCCAACGCCAAGCUCGAGCCCCCAGAGGGCAUAGACGCCACCGAGGGCCUCGAGAUCAAGGUGGCCUUCCACGGGGCCUGGAAGCAGUCUCUGACCGAGCUCAGCGGAGGCCAGCGGUCGCUGCUUGCCCUGUCGCUGGUGCUGGCCCUGCUGCUCUUCAAGCCGGCGCCGAUGUACAUCUUGGACGAGAUCGAUUCCGCAUUGGAUCUGAGCCAUACGCAGAACAUCGGCGCGAUGAUCCGCCAGCACUUCCCCCACUCUCAGUUCAUCAUCGUGUCGCUGAAGGAAGGUAUGUUCAACCACGCGAACGUGCUCUUCCGAACCCGCUUCAUCGACGGCACAUCGACCGUCGCCCGGUAUGCCAUCCGGGACGCCGACGACAGGGUCGCGGUCCCCGAGAAGGACGGAGAUCCUGCGAGGAAGAAAAUGAAGAGGGCGGGCGCGUAGACGUGAUGCCCCCCUGCCAUGAUGCGCGCUCUUCCGGUUGCAAUACGCGAGCCUAGUAGCAAGGGUGUGGGACGAUAUGCUCUCUCUUUUCUGCGGGAACCGUCGGGUAAUAUUGUCGCUAUGUACAGCAGGGCGACAAGACGCGUUCCCACUGCACGCUUUACAAUACAGCUGUGUUUGAGUGGUGUCAGGAAUGGGAGGGGAUGGAGCACCCAUCGCUUACAUUUAGUUGAGGAGGUAGGGGAUUGUGAUCCACGCGCGGGCAGUCUUGCUGUGGCGCACGUACUCAGCAGCGUGUAAGCCACCGCACCUUGUGGGGAUGCGCACUGAAUUCUGCCAGUGCCGCCGAAUUAAUUGCCAUGAAGAGCGCGUUGCGCGCUUCUUGGCUUGGGAGCGCAGUGUGACAGGCGAGUUGGGCUUGCGCGACGUAGGAGGUCGCCAGCGCCUUUCGGCACACACCACACAAUAAAACAUCGAGGGACGUACCCAACGCGUUUGCAACGAGUGG